AGCUUACUGGAGAGGGGAAAACGCUGAACUCAACAGUGUUCCACUGCUCACCGCCAGACUUACAGCCUUACAUCAAGGUUCGACUCGUCCGACGUACAACAUGGGUUCAAUAGGCCUAAUAUAGAGCUGGGUAUCCGUGUAUGGGACGCAGACUACCCUUUUCACUUGGAGCAGCUGGAGCGCGCACGGAGCGCACAAUCCCACAGUUCAAUCGAGAGAUGCGUUUUGACUAGUGCACCCUUGUUUAGGCUUUCAAUCGAGGACAGGGUUUGCGGUGAACUUGUGUCAUUCUAUUAGACAGUUUUAGCUUAACACUUUAUUCUUCGUUCUCAUCCAUUUCGUCCGCAUCACGAUGAUGUGCUUCCUAUCAACAGCUCGGUAGAUUCUAAUACAACGGAUCUAGAUUUCCGUCUGUGGAAAAGAGAUGAAAUGCAUACGUAGGGUUUUGGAAAUGAAAUGAAGAUCUAAAACGUGUCUCUCCAACCUGGUUGCUAUGACAUUUUUCGUGCACUGUCAAAUGCUUGUGUUGCAAUAGACAGCUCCCUAUUAGUGCUGAAGGUUAACGUCGUUUCAACUUCAAAUCCUUGAGUGAACUGUCAGAAGAGGACUAUGCUGAUGAAGGAAUACAGAAUAUGUAUGCCACUUACAGUGGAGGAGUACAGGAUUGGUCAACUGUACAUGAUCAGCAAGCACAGCCAUGAACAGAGUGAGCGCGGCGAGGGGGUGGAGGUGGUCCAGAACGAGCCAUUUGAAGACCCCACUCACGGCCAGGGACAGUUCACCGAGAAGCGGGUGUACCUCAACAAUAAGCUGCCAAGCUGGGCAAGGGCAGUGGUCCCCAAAAUUUUCUAUGUGACAGAGAAGGCAUGGAACUACUACCCUUACACGAUCACAGAGUACACGUGCUCCUUUCUGCCAAAGUUCUCCAUUCACAUAGAGACCAAGUAUGAGGACAACAAAGGAAGCAACGACAAUAUCUUUGACAGUGAGCCCAAGGAUGAGGAGACGGAGGUGUGCUUUGUCGACAUUGCCUACGACGAGAUCCCUGAGCGCUACUACAAGGAGUCAGAGGACUUACGCUACUUUAAGUCAGAGAAGACAUCCAGAGGUCUACUGCAGGAGGGCUGGAUUGAGAGCCAGGAACCCAUCAUGUGCUCCUACAAGCUGGUGACUGUUAAGUUUGAGGUGUGGGGACUGCAGACACGGGUGGAGCAGUUUGUCCACAAGGUGAUUCGAGAUGUCCUCCUUCUUGGACACAGACAAGCCUUUGCCUGGGUUGAUGAAUGGAUUGACAUGACCAUGGACGAGGUGAGAGAGUAUGAACGCGCCACCCAGGAGGCCACCAACCGCAAGAUCGGCACCUUCCCGCCAGCUAUCUCCAUCACAGAAACUCCUCUGCCCUCCCAUGCCCGUGGUGGUCCCUCCAGCGCCCCCUCUACCCCUCUGUCCACCGAGGCCCCCGAGUUCCUUUCUGUGCCCAAGGACCGGCCCCGGAAGAAGUCUGCCCCGGAGACUCUGACCCUCCCUGACCCUGGCCGUAGGGACUCAGGGUUCAGACUGCCAAGUCUCUUCUUCUGGGGCUCCAGUACUCAGCCUGAAUGAAAAUUGAGGGGUGGAGUUCCCUGACAACAUUACGUGCAAUUUAAAGGGGAUGGCUAUAUCUGUUAUGUACCUUCAGCCAACUCAAGUCAAAGAGUGGGAUUGUAGACCCAGACAUCAGGAAGUAGGCUCCUAACUCACCUCUCAAGCCUCCUCCCAUCAGUGUAAUGGGGCGCUAACCAGCAUCACCAGCCAGUAAGCUUAGGUGGUUAGAAGAACCAUUUACCUUUCUCAGAUCCAGUGCAAUCAAGUGGGAUUAGUGUGCAGUCCGAUUCAGUGUAGUGUACAUUCCUGUAAACCUUCUUUUCAAAAUACCAGUCUUUUUUCAUGUCCGAUUAUAUCUCAGGGGAUGUUUCCUAGAUACAUGGAGAUGAUGUUAAAGAAAUCAAUCAUCAGUCCGCACACUUAAGUAUUUAUGAAUAUUGAUACAUUUGUCUUUUCACUCAAUUUUCCCUAUUGUUUUUGAAAUCUCAUUUUGUAAUUUCACACAUUUAUUGUGUUUUUGGAUGUUGAUGGGUUCAUGUGAGUUGUUGUGAAACUGUUAAGUAACAUAAUGGAAUUCUGGGAAGAUAGAGCCCUGUAUUUUUGUAUAUAUGUACAUUAAAUAAUUAUUAUCUACUGUGCAAUGAUGGAGUAAUUGAUGUCUCCCAGUGCUAUCAAAUUACUGUAACUUGUGCAUAGAGGGGAAUAGAUUAAGAUGUAUGCUGGAGGGUCGCUCUGUAGUUGGUUCUGGGUAUUGGUUUGG